GUUUAUAUCCUGCCUGGCACCGUUGGUGGAUUCCUGCGAAUCAACGAUUAGUCAGUCUCUCGUUGCUUGCCGUCGGGAUCGGGUAUGAUUUUGGGGAGGUCCCAGCGAGUCGCGCUUUAACAGCAAACUGUCGGUCCCGUGAUAAAGUGCAUUCCUGAGCGGUUUACGGUGCAGCAGUUCGUUGUGGGUGCAAAUGUGGCUCCCUCGUUGACGCUGGUGAUUGACACAUGGACAGAACGUCCUGGGAGUAGAGAAUCUGCUGCCGCCUGUUGGUGCCAAAUUCGGUCUCGGAUGCAUUUGUGCCAUUGAUAGAGUUUGCGAGUGUUUUCGGUGGGACGGACGGGAUUCAAACUGUGCUGUGCAGCAAAGCACCUCAUCGCAUCGAAUCAGAAAGGAUUGUUCAACGAGCGCCGGGAAAGUUUUUCCCAUUUUUGUUAUUGUUUUGAGCGGUUAGACUGACGGCAGGAGAUGAUGACGAUGAUGGUGAUCCUUGUGUAUGGGGAAUGAUUUUCCGUUAGUGCAUUGGAGUUUUCAAACGCAGUGACGAGUAGGGAGUUUCCGCGUAAGUCAAAAUCUUUCUGAGAGAAGCAUUAGGGGUCGGUGCCGUGGAGAUGACGAUGAUGACGACGCUGAUGAUUGCUUUUUCGGCGCAAUAGUGGAGAUGAUUAUGAUGCUUUUGAACUAGUGCAAAACAAAAAGUUCAGGCACUGUACUCAACGAAGCCCUACGCCCGGAUGUGAAAGAGGUGUUUUAUGAGUGUUUACGUGUACAUAGUUUCGACAUCACGGGAAUAGUGCAAUCGGUAGCUGUUUGCUUUUUGUUCUAGAGUGAACCUUCCAGCGCAGAUUGUUAGAACGGGGUUGAGGCCAGCAAUCAAUGGAUUGCAUGAGAGCCGAUAAAAGUUUUAUGCGGCACAUCUCCAGUGCAUCAUAAUAUUAAAGAUUCCGCUCCUUCGACCGGAAGCAGCAGUGGAAAAUACAUUCAUCAAUCACCACUAGUUACCGACACCCGCGCCAGCCAGCAAGACCAAAACCAUCGCCGACCCGUCGGUAAUAAUUACAGAAAUAGUCGAACCAUUACCAAUCCGGAGAAAUUCCUAGCAUCGUUGGGCAAAUAUCGUGCUAUCGGUGAUUGUUUCCGAAAUAAUUAAUUUUCCUCACACCUCACGCACACUCGCCGGUCAAAAUGUACCUUCCCGCCGUGGAAAACUCUCCGACAUGACCACCAACUAGGGCAAGCCGAAGUGAAGCAAAGUGUUGGCGUGCGCGUUUAUUAUGCCUUCGAUCUGCGACCAAUGACCGACCGGAGCACCGAGUGUAGGUACUUUGCCGCCAACAUAGAGAGGGCCACCACUCGCCCUUCGCCGCAAACCAACUGCCAGUGCCAAUUCAAGUUGAAAUUCAAUAAUAUUAAAUCAUUAUUUAAUGACGGUGCGCCACCUUCCGCCCAUUGGGUUGCUGCAGAGGAGGGCUGCGUGAUUGGUGCUCAACGGGCCGGAAAUUGGUGCAUUGUUAGGGCGCCAUAAUUAUAACAAUAACGUGUGCAAAAAGUGCCGCUUUCGGCACGGUGAGAGGGGAAUUACGUGGUACAGAGCCGGUUUCUCGAUUAAACCUCGGACCCCUGGAAGCUGGAAGUGAACCGUUACAAUUAUGCUGAUAAUACACACAAUCAAAUUAAUUUUAAUAACCUUAAACAUUCUGCCGUAUCGAUUCACGCACCGGAAUGUGUUGUUCCUGAUUUACCUGGGGACCCUCGUCACACAUGUAUUUAUGGAUGAGCCUCGAUUCGCACAACCAAUCCCCAAUGUGACAGUAGCAGUAGGAAGGGACGCAAAUCUGCCUUGCGUUGUAGAGCAUUUAGGAACAUACAAGGUCGCAUGGAUUCACAUAGACCGACAGAUGAUACUGACAAUACAUCGGCACGUGAUCUCCCGCAUCCCGCGGUACAGUGUCACCUAUGAUAACUCCAACACAUGGCUGCUGCAUGUCAGUCAAGCCCAGCAGGACGACCGGGGCUAUUAUAUGUGCCAAGUCAACACGAAUCCCAUGAUUAGCCAGGUUGGCUAUCUGCAAGUGGUUGUGCCUCCAAAUAUUUUGGACAUUGAAAGCACUCCAUCCUCGGUGGCGGUACGAGAAAACCAAAAUAUCAACAUGACAUGUCGAGCAGAUGGAUUUCCCACACCCAAAAUCAUCUGGCGGAGGGAGGACGGCCAGAGCAUCACCGUCGAGCGGAAGAAAAAAGUGAUGGUUUACGACGGUGAAGUGCUACAUCUGACAAAAGUGAGCCGAAACGAGAUGGGUGCUUAUCUCUGCAUCGCCACUAAUGGUGUGCCACCAUCAGUGUCUAAGCGGAUUAUUCUCGACGUUGAGUUUUCACCUAUGAUUUGGGUCCCAAAUCAACUUGUGGGUGCUCCUCCAUCGACUGACGUUACAAUAGACUGUCACACGGAAGCUCAUCCUAGAGCGAUCAUCUACUGGGUGUACAAUUCCGUGAUGGUGCUUCCGAGCAAAAAGUAUAUAAUCGAUUACAACGAAAACUCUUAUCGAGCUCACAUGAAGCUGACUAUAAAAAAUUUAUCCAACGGUGAUUUUGGGAAUUACCGAUGUAUCUCUAAAAACUCGUUGGGAGAGACUGAAGGAUCGAUACGAGUGUAUGAAAUCCCUCUCCCAUCUACACCGUCGAAACAAAUAACGCACAUCGUGGAACCGAAAGAAGCGGUGCCACCACGGAACGAAUCCAUUAAGGUCGUCCAACCCGAGGUGCUCUUUCCAAUUAAGAACGACGAAAGCUACGCGCAACGUUCGCCUAAUGGCAUCCCAUUCGAGCGCAAGGGUUUAGCAAUUGGACAGAGCUACUACACCGACAUGCCACCGAAGGAUUUUGGCUUCCCGAAUGCUGCUUCGUUACGAUGGAACUGCGAACUGUACUACACGGUAUUUAGAAUAUUAAGCAUAUCAUCAUCGCUCACAUAUUCUUACUGCAUUGCGAAUCAGCUAUUUCUGUAAAAAGAAAGUAAUAAGAAACCUAAGUAUUUUCCUGUAGAGACUGUACAUUACCGAGCAGUAUUUCAAUUGUUACAAUCGUCAAAUGUAAAAGCAUAUCUUGAAAAAGGACCCGCAUCUAAAUAGUCAAAAGCGUUUUCCCAAUGUAGAUUAAUUUGAAUUAACUUGUCAUAAGUUUGUAAAUUGUAACAAAGAAAUGCGAACAAGGCUAAGCAAGUGAUAUUCUAGUCAAAUUGCAUGAACUUUAAAAGACAGAAAACUAUUCCGAAUUGCCAACCAAUACCCAUAUCAUUCCAACAAGCUCAGCCGAUCAUUUCCUUUAUUCGAAUUAUAAAUAUAUAUACUUUUACUAGUGAUGAUGGCGUGCUCGGACUAACGACUAACUACAAGUUGAAACAGAUCAAAUCCUUUAAUAAAACUGAACUCUAGCGAACAAACUGAGAAAAUACGCUUUUUGUUGUAGAAUUUAUUGAUUAGUAAAAAAAAACUAUACAUAUAUUUAUAUUAUAACAAAGAUCUAGGCUGACAUAUCGAAACAGUGUACGAUGAAAGUGAAAAUAUGAAGAAAAUUGAAUCAAAUCACCUGUUGAAUGAAUGUAGCAAUUGUAAGAAAGAAAAGUUUGGACUUCACAAACGUUUGAUUGUAAUUCACCAAUUAGUUUCAACAUUGUGAACCACACUUUCAACAAAAAACGGCUUAUUAUCACGCUAGUUAACGGCAACCAAUGUACAUAGGGCACAUCUCAUUGCUAUACACAGGACAUGUGACGUCGCCUAUUUGUAAAAAAUAUUGAAAAUAGUAACACAGGUACGCAGGUAAACUAGCCAAAUCGAGGGCAUCCCCCGUAUGAAGACCACUGCAGAAUUCCAUUCGGUAUUGUUUUAAGUAUGUCACAAUGCAAUGUUUGAUGCAAAAAGAAUAUUUCUGGGUGAAGUACUAGAGUUAUAAAUAAGUGUUGAAAGAAAUGAGUAGGAACAAAAACGUAAAAAAAAGGUUCUCAAGGGUUGAUCAUUGGCUCCGUUUCUGGGUUGAAUCUGAAUGCAAAAAGGGUGCAGCCACUUUUUUCGUUAUGUAAUUGGAACCGUUCAACGAAUGACAACAUUUAAAUCGACUUAUUUAUAUUGCAUUAUCUGAUUGAUUUCAAAAUUUUAUUAGAAACAAAGCAUUCGUUCUCAAAUAGAUAUGCAACUAGAAAUUAUUACGCUGGAAUUUAAAUUACUUGUUAUGUUAUGUUAUGUUAUGUCUAAUAAUUUGAACACCUUAUUAUCACUGAAUUAUAUGGCUGCACCCAAUUCUUCAUUCAAAGCAAAUGAAAGCCCAAAACCUAGCAGAAGCCCGUGUCAGAAACUGACAGCAAAUCGAGAAGCUGAAACGAAAAAGAAUGAAUCGCAAUCCGAUCAAAUGUAUUAUUAUAGGGUAUUUUUGUUGAGUAAACCAUAAACGAUUCAAUACGAAAAAUGCAAAUAAAAGCCGAGGAAACUAUUUGAUUUGAAUAA